GCCGCCGCCGCCGCCGCCGCCGCCGCCGCCGCCGCCCCGGGUCAUGGUGCUGGGCCGCGGGCUGCUCGGCCUCCGGAGCGUCUCCGCACUGGGAGCCGCCUGCGCCCGCCGCGGCCUGGGUCCGGCCCUGCUGGGUGUCCUUCUCCAUCACACGGACUGUAGGAAGAGCUCCACCAUGGACCAGGGAACCCUGAGGGUCGAGUUGCUGCCCGCGCUGACCGACAACUACAUGUACCUGAUCAUCGACGGCGAGACCAAGGAGGCCGCCAUCGUGGACCCGGUGCAGCCUCAGAAGGUCGUAGAAACGGUGAGAAAGCACGGCGUGAAGCUGACCACAGUGCUCACCACCCACCACCACUGGGACCACGCUGGUGGGAACGAGAAGCUGGUCAAGUUGGAGCCUGGGUUGAAGGUGUGUGGGGGCGAUGACCGGAUCGGGGCGCUGACUCACAAGGUCACGCAUCUGUCCACACUGCAGGUGGGGUCUCUCAACGUCAAGUGCCUGUCGACACCGUGCCACACUUCUGGCCACAUCUGCUACUUCGUGAGCAAGCCCGGGAGCUCUGAGCCUCCUGCUGUGUUCACAGGCGACACCUUGUUCGUGGCUGGCUGUGGGAAGUUCUACGAAGGGACAGCGGACGAGAUGUACAAAGCCCUGCUUGAGAUCCUGGGCCGGCUCCCUCCAGACACGAGAGUGUACUGCGGCCACGAAUAUACCAUCAACAACCUCAAGUUCGCGCGCCACGUGGAGCCCAACAAUACUGCCAUUCAGGAGAAACUGGCCUGGGCCAAGGAGGUGGAGAAGGAAUUCUCAGGAGGAGUGAAUACUGGAGGAAGCAGGGAAUGUUCUAAAACACCCAGCUUGUUUUCACCAGAAGGGGAGGAUCAGAGAUUAGCGACAAGCCUUCAUCUUGACCUCCCGCCAGACCCCUACUUGGCAUCCCACCAGCAGUUGAAGGAUCACCUCUUGCCACCACUGGUCACGUUUGGGGGUGGCACCGGGACCCUCGGGUCUGAGGGCCCUGCGUGUGGAUGCUGACAGGUGCUGUCCAAGCUCUGACCCUGUGGCCCUCGAGAUCAGCCCGGCAGAAGAAGGGCAGGGGCCGCAGGGAGGGCGGAGACCCCCAGCUGCCAGCUGACGUCCCGCACAGGUCCGUACAGGAGUGACCAGUGGGCCAGACGGUGCUGAUCAGGAGUGAAACCAUCCCGACCGGAGGGCUCGUCCUGGGUUUUUCUCCUGGGGAGCCCGUGACGAGAGCUUGCCGCCUUCGAGAGGGGCUGUGAGCCCAGGGCAGGGACCACGGGCACCUGUCACCUCACUCUUGCAAGCAGUGAGCUGUGCAUGGCCCAUGACUGGUCUUGGUGCAGGGCUGAUGGUGUUUUCUUCUGCGUUUUCUGCAUUUUUGCUGGUUAUUUUAUCAUGUAAAACACACACUUCAUAUCAGCGUAAAAGUUUUCGCGUCCCCCUCCACUUCCAGGACAGCAAGGGGAGAAGGGACAACUUGUCGGUGGUGGCCGGGACACUGGCGUCUCCACAGCGGGAAGGGGCUCGUCCUUGCACUGACCUGACCCCGUUCACUUUGCCUUCUGAGUUGGACAAUAUUUUAAGAUUAGAAAGUACUCUGAAAUGUUCCUUUAGAUGUUUCCGUGUUCACGUGGCC